GUGUGGAAAGUGGAAAUUUGGAGCUAGCAUUGUCGCUGUUUGCAGAAAUGAAAAAAUAUCAGAUACGCCCAAAUUUUGUGACAUAUAAUACAAUUCUGAGGGCUCGUAGUAGAUACGGUUCUGUGAGCGAAGUGCAACAAUGCCUGGCUAUAUACCGGGACAUGCGGAAUGCGGGGUAUACCAGCACAUGUUUGGGUUGUCAUGAACAAGUACAUUUUGCUAAUUAUGAUUUAUUUUGCAGUUACAAAUCUAAUGAUCGUUUCCUAGAGCAACUGAUUGAGGAGUGGUGUGAAGGAGUUAUACAAGACAGCAAUGCCAAACAAGGAGAGUUCAGUUCCCACGACAAAACUGACAUAGGGAGACCUGGAAGUCUGCUGCUUGAAAAAGUUGCAGAACACUUGCAAAAACGUACUGCCGAAACCUUAGCAGUUGACCUUCAAGGACUGACAAAGGUUGAAGCUCGGAUUGUUCUUCUUGCAGUUCUACGAAUGAUCAAAGAGAACUACAGCUCAGGGCAUUCAGUAAAAGAAGACAUGCUGAUUGUUGUAGGAGUCCACGAUGUUGAUGGAGGCUCAACUACACAGAAUUUAGAGGUGAAAGAUGCAAUAACGAAACUUCUGCGGGAUGAAUUGGGGCUCAAGGUUCUUGCAACAGUACCUAAAACGGGACUUGAUACGACAAUAGAACCGGAGAACAUUACUGAUUCAGAUCAAGAGUCAGAAGAGAUGACAAGUAGGACCGAAUUAACGACUGACUUGAUAUAUUCCACCAGACGACCCGUUGCACUAGAAAGGCUAAAGGUAACCAGGGGAUCGUUGCUACAGUGGCUGCGGAAAAGAAGUGCCCCUAGAAGGUGACUGCUUCAAUUUAUGAAUUCAAACUUGUACAUGUUACUAUAACAACCAAUAAUUAUUCUUUUUUACUUGUGUAUACUGGUACCGCUGAAUAAGCCUGUAUUGUACUGGUAUCGCAUGUAAAUUAUACACAACGGGCAGAUGUAAUCCGCAGAAGCAAUGAAAUAAGCUUUUUAUCCUUCA